AAACGAUGCAAAAAAAGCAGACGAUCAUGGCGUCAUUAUCAGUUGAAAUGUUGCCAUUUUAAAAUCGCGGCAGAUAAGGUUUUCACCUGCAGGUUAAUAUCAGUGAUAAUUUGAUAGAAAUGUUAAUUAGUCUGUGAUCUCGGCUACGGAGUGUUGCCAGUGAUAUUUUGUAUAGUUAAAAUUAUCAUUCUCUCCGUCAAGCUGUAGUGGAUAUCGUGAAAAGAAAGUGCAGACUUGGGAUUUUUGAGAGACUAGGAAGCUAUACUAUUUGUAUAAUUACACUAAUCAGAACUCUCCUUUUAUUAAAGGUGAUUCAACAUUUUCAUGGACGAGGGAUUCUUUUACCGGAACACUAUAUCCGAUCUAAGGUCUUUACUGCGGUCAGAGGUUGCCAAGAGGGUUUUACACACACGUCACUGAGUUAUUUAAAUCUUCAAUGAGACGAGACUUACUCUAGAAUAACCACAAAUUACACUACCGCAAUAGAAAGGAAAUAUUGUGUCAUCUCGCACUUAACAUGAAUCCGCCACAAACAGAGGGUGAACCAAAGAGAAAGAGACUGGAGUUUUCGAUCUCUAGCGACGGGUCGGGGGACACGGAAUACAGCCAGGGGUACUAUAGCGAGGAGGCGCGGGACAGUCUGGCGGAUCUUAUCCCUAAAAUGAACAGAACACCGAGCUGUGUGUCAGCCUUAACGCAAUGUGGCAACCAACAGAAACUAGAUGAUCUCUACAAGUCCUACACAAAACUGAAGAUUUAUUUCUGCGUGUUGUGUGUUGUCAACAUCAUCAUCAUCCUUCUCGUGUGUAUCUUCUUCGCGGUCUUUUUCAUGCGUUUCUCAAAUGACAGUAAAGACCUGAACAAUGUGUUCUCAAAUCCUCAAAGAGAAGAAAAUGAUUUAAAACCCUCUAAGGCAGAAGCUCGCUUCCAACUAGAAAAGCUCCCACAGAAAGUUCCAGAAACCAAAAUCCGGUGUUCUGUCCUCAAGCACAAACUAAAUGCUACAAAUUAUGACAGCAAUGAUAUGUGUUCUCUGGAACAAAUGGUCGAUUCGAUUGCCAAAUUUCUGAAGCCAAGAGAGUACAACGAUGUAUUACAUUUGACAGAAGGCACGCCUCAAAAAGAUGGGUCGGAUUGCUUCCUGAAGCAAUGGAAAAAAGAUAAAGACAGCUCUUCUCCCAUUUCAUCUGGCCUGAGUUUUAACAGUGAAAGAGGAACCAUUAUUAUCCCUUCCAGUGGAUAUUACUAUGUAUACAGUCGUAUUACAUUCAAAUACAACUCUCAGCUCGACGAAGAAAAAAGGAGACUUUUGCAGUUAAAGGACAUCAAGCAUACCAUAGAAAAAAGUCGAAACAUGUCAAGCCAAUACAAAUCUGUACAAUCGACGUCAAUCCAAUGCACCAAAUCAUCCUUUGUUCACAGUAGUUUUCUUCAGAGAGUGGUGUAUUUGGAGAAAGGUGAUGAACUCCGAGUGAAAAUAUCCGACACGGGAAAAAUUCAAUACGACGAGAAAUACAAGCACGAAAAUUAUUUUGGAGUCUUCAAGUUAUGACUGCAGAGGCAGAUGAAGAAGCUGUGAACUUCCUGGAGUCCUUGUUGUCUAAAUAUGGAACACUUUCUAUUCAGAGAGAAACAAACAGAUCUGUUUGCAGUCCGAGGAAAGCAAGUCGAGUAUGAAAGAACAAAUUAUUGUUCUUCGGCAUGGCAUUUCAGGGG